GCUACUCAUCCCCUGCGUGUCUCUCUCAAUGCAAACACUGCAUCGCUGAUUACGUCCAUGCUUCUCAGUCAGGCCCUUGAACCGUGAACAACGAGUUUUUCCGACAGUCCUCAAACGCACCUCGGGUGUCUCUGUGGCCACGCCCUUGUUGGGUGGGUGGGGCCCAGAAAACAAGCCCGCGGACGAACAGCGUCUGUAACAACAGCAGCGCGAGGAAUGUGUCUGUGAUCGUCCGUAACUGACGCGUGUGUGUGUGUGAGACAUGAAUAUAUGAGAAAUCCAGGCAGGAGAAAACACUGACCGAGUGUUGCACACGUUGGGUCGUGAUCGGGACUCGGGAUGUUGGUGUCUCUGCUGCUGCUGCUGCUGGCGGCGGCCGCUGUUCACGCGGGCGAUUUCUAUGAAGAGCAGUACGGGAGCACAAUCAGGAUCAGGAUGAGAGGGAGUGCUCAUUCACUCAUAUUUGUCCCCAGGGACGGCUCAGAAUCAGUGAUCCUUUGGAAACUCAACGACCCUUCGUUCAGCACGUACAGGCGGGGUGUCAUUAAUGGCUACUUGGUGAUCAAUAAUCUAACCCAACGUGACAAUGGCGAAUACAAAAUGAUGGGCAGAAAUGAUAAACUCCUGUUGUCACAUAAAAUCGCAGUUGUAGCACAGUAUAAGAACUUUGAUCUGAACGGUCAGGAACUACUCAGAUUCACAUUUCCUCUGGAAUCAAAAAACUGCAACAUUCACUUCCUCCCAGAUAAACAAGAAUAUACGAAGUAUGACACAGAGCUAGUUAGAAGCGGCAGGAAGGUGAACACCUGGUCAUCCUGCACAGACUUUGAAUUUGUAGAGCCAUGCGGGUUGGAGAUGGAGAUGCAUGAGUUGUGCCACGGACACUUUGAGGUCAGAGAUCAAUAUGAUGGAGUUGCUUUGUCGGUGCAGGUGAAUUGGAUGGGCGAGCCUUUCAAUUUAGGGCACAUUGGAACUUCCAUUGGCGCUUUCUUGGCCUCAAUUUUCUUCUGUUGCUGUGUGAGACGCUGCUGCUGCGGCAAAAGCUCCAAGAAAAAGGACUCAGACUCUGCUGCCACUGAACCAGCGGUGACAUACAACGAGUACCGAAAUGAGCCUGUUGCACUGAGGUCAGUACAAAUGUUAUCGCCCUCUGAGACGCUCUACCCCGCUCAGCCUUCCUGCGCUCCGACUGGCCCUCUGGUCAGUCAGAUACACAAUCCUCCUACUGUGAAUGUGCCACCUGCUUAUUCUGAGGUUUCAGCUCCAGCAGAGCAGGAACACACUCCCUCUUUCUCUCUGUCUUCUGACUCUGAUCUGCGGUUUGAACUGAAGGGAAUGAACAUAUCCUCGGCUCCCCCUCUCAGCUCAGAUCCAACUUACAACAGCGUUUAUACCUCCAACAAACUCAACUUCCUGUGAAAGCCUUGAACUGGAACGCUGCAGUCACUAAAUGAAUAGUUUGACAUUUUGGCAAAUAUGCCGCGUCUGGUUAUCUGGGAAGUGGCUCCAGCCACGAAAUAGUCCAGCACGCAGCCUUGUCCAUAAGAACAGAAUUAAACAAGAAAAACAUGUCUGUGAUUUUUAGAAACACCGAUGAGUGCAUUCAGAUACCUCAACACAAAGCAGCACUUCCUAUUCCUAUUGUCAAUUCCAAGCUAACCAACUGCUGGCUGUAGUCAAUCAGCAGUUAUACUGGUUAAAGGGGACAGACACUCUGCCAAAUAUGACCACACUGGGUAAACGUUUAAGGAGAAAGGGAACACCAUAGUUUGUUUCUGUGUUAGUCCCAUUUAUUUGAGAUAACUGAUCUUCAAAAGCCAUGUGUGACGAGCAGUGAGUUUAAAGCCAUAGGUUAAAAAAACAUCUACUCUUAAUAGCAAGUCCCUCAACAGUUCAGUCAGGAAUACCUCAUCUGUUACAGUCCAGCUCAACUGUGAAAAACUUGCAUCAGGGAAGCUGUAGAUGUUUACUCUCAUUUGUAUAGAUACAAAACCACUAACUGACUCAAUGUUUCAGGUCCGUCACGCACAGACUCAAGUGGUUUAUUUUGAAUUUGAUCAAAAAGACUGUUUGACAACUUUUAAGAUACCACAAACCGCAGUCGCUUUUUUUCAUUAUACUUUCAAAUAAAACUUUAACACACCGCUGUGCUGUGCUGCACCGACAUCAGCACUGUGCCUUGAACACACAACUAAUUUAGACACACACACGCUCACACUUAACCUUUAUGCAUGUGUCCUCCUUCUCAUAUGUACUUAAUACAACAGUAGAUACGUAUUUAGUUUUUAUGACCCAUGUUAUAGCUAUUCAAUUACUUGCUCCUUUAUGAAUGUCAUACUCUGCAUGUCGUAGUGGUUUAAAAACUGAAGACGGGUUGACCUUUGUUAAAACUGGUUGUAAUGCAUGUUUAAACAUGUUUGAUUCCUGUCUUUGUAUCAAUGUGUAUUUUAUAACAUCAGGUGUAUUAAACCUAACAAUACUGAA